UUUAGUGUCGAAGACACUUGGCUUAAGAUAAAGAAAAAAUAUGCAACGUAAGCCCCUAAUUCCUGGAAAACAGAUAAACGAAGAAGAUGUCAACAUUCAAUCUUGAUCUUGCCCCAUUUUUUCCCUUCUCUCUCAGAGAAAAUAGGCAGCAAAAACAGGGACUUCUCAACUGUCAGUUCCCCAUUAUAUGGACAUCAUCAAAUUUUUCACUGUUUGGUUGAAUUUCUUCGUCCAAUUAGUCUUCAUUUACUUGAAAAUCGUUUUUUCCCCUCUGUUUCUUUGCUUUCUGCCUGAAUUUUCGUAUUGAUCAAAAUCCAUGGCUACUUCUUUUCCUUUACUUCUCUGAAAAUGGCUGCUCUUUCUCAUUUCUUCUAUCAGUAUUUGUUUUUGCCUUUAGCUACUGUAUUUGCCUUUGUUUCCCUCUAUUUGUCUCCUCUGUUCAACUCCAUCACCACAUUUUUCCACAGAUCAAAUAAGAAUUCGGGUUUCAAAGAUGAUUAUCAGAAAAUAUAUGAUUUUCCAGAAACAGAGCAGCAGUUGGGUUAUGAAUCUGAUGUUUUUAAGGAUGUUGCUGAAUUCCCUAAUUCGGAGACGAAUGAAACAGAGUUCAAUUUUAAAUUUAAAUUCCCAACCUAUGAAGAAUUUUGUAAAAGCAAGGAAGACAAAGUUGAAUUUGUUACCUCUACAUUUAAAGUCAAAUCGCCAACAAAAACAGAGGUUUUCGAAACAGAGGAUUCGAAAGAAGUUCAUAGUAAUAUCGAGGCGAUAGAUGAGGAAGACAAAAAAGAGGAUUUGAGUAAUUUAGAGCGCAAUGAAGAUGAAAUAAAUGAGGAAGAAAAAGGGGAUUUGUGUAAUUUAGAGAGUGAUAAAGACGAAACGGAGAAAACAGAGGAAUUGAAUCCCAUGAAAGGAGAAUCAGAUAAUCGAAAAGAUCAAUUUCAAAAGGAACUUGAUUUUACUGACGAUUCUCUGUUUCAAUCUGAAAAGGAUUCGAUAUCUACUGAUUCUGAUACUGUAUCAAUUGGUUUUGAUCAUGUCUGUUAUCUCAUGAACAAGUUAGUCGAUUCGUAUAGUGAUGGCUUCUUGACAGACGAAAACUUUGGAGGCGAAUUUGAACUUGAUCAUGAAAUGUCAGAGGAAAAUCAAGAAUCUGAUGCUGAUGAUAGUGAUUGUGAGAUAAUGGAAGACCUAAAGAAAUUUGAACAAGAUCAAGCACCGCGGUUUUUAUCUGAGGAUGAUUUUCAUGAUAAUUCUUACAAGCUAUUUGGAAAUGGCGAUGCAAAUAAUUUGGAAACGUUACGGGAACACCAAGAAUUGAUCGAACAAUUGAAGUUGGAACUUAGAAAAGUUCGAGAUACGGGACUUCCCACUAUUUUGGAAGAAUCAGAUACGCUAAAAUGGGAAGAUUCGGAGCCAUGGAAGUUUGAUGAGAAGUUGCAACGCGAAGAUUGUAUGAGUGAACUUCAUAAGUUCUACAAGAGUUAUAGAGAAAGAAUGCGUAAAUUCGACAUUUUGACGUACCAGAAAAUGUAUGCGAUAGGUUAUCUACAGAAAGAUCCACUAAAAGAUCCAUUUCAAUGUGUGUCAAGGCAAAGACAUUCAGGUCCAAAACUAAAAUCUCUUAUUUCACAAAAUAUUAAGCUAUUCAAACAGAAAAGGCAUAAUGACAAUACUGACCCUAUGAUAAAGUUUAUCAAAGAAUUGCAGAGUGAUCUUGAAGUGAUAUAUGUUGGACAAAUGUGUCUUUCAUGGGAAUUUCUACACUGGCAAUAUGGAAAAGCUUUAAGUUUAUGGGAUUCUGAUCCUCGUGGUACUCGUACGUAUAAUGAAGUUGCUGGAGAAUUUCAACAAUUUCAAGUUCUCAUACAAAGAUUUAUAGAAAAUGAACAUUUUCAAGGGCCUAGAGUUCAAUGUUACAUCAAGAGUCGAUAUGAUCUUCGUAAUCUUCUUCAAGUUCCUCUCAUAAGAGAGGACAGAGUCAAAGACAAAAACAAGGGUAGAGGUAGAGAUAAAGAUGAAUAUUGCAUUACAAGUGACAUGUUGGUCGAGAUAGUGGAAGAAUCAAUAAGAAUAUUUUGGCAAUUUAUUAGAGCUGAUAAAAAUUGUUCAAGCAUGAUGGUGAAGGGUAAAAAGGGAAUACAACAUCAAGAGCUUAUUAAAGAUUUGGGAGAUUUAGAGCUUUUAAUGGAGGUGCAAAAAAGUCUUGGAAAGAAAGAGAAGAAACUGAAAGAUGCUUUGAAAGGUGAGUGUUGCAUAUUGAAGAGGUUCAAGAAGAAGAAAGAAAAUGAUUCAGAUAAAGUAUUGUACUUUUUCUCUCAAGUAGACAUGAAAUUAGUUACUAGGGUUCUCAAUAUGUCCAGGCUAACAGCAGAUCAACUAGUGUGGUGUCACAACAAAUUAAGCAGCAUUAGUUUUCUGCAUAGGAAAAUACAUGUAGAUCCUUCUAUUUUGCUCUUCCCUUGUUAACAGUAGUCCUGUUUUUAGGGUUUAUUAUGAACAUAUAAGCCAAAAAAAGUUGAAAAAAUAUUGUCAAGAAUGGGAUUUGAACCCAUGCCCUUUCGGACCAGUACCUGAAACUGGCGCCUUAGACCAA